GAGCAUCCUGGAAUUCGUGGAACAUGCCACAAAAUGGCCCUCCACCCGGGCACUCCAGUCAACCUCCACCCCAGCCCCCUCAGCCCAACUCCUCGCAGCCAAACUCCAACUCGAACCCCUCUGGUCCACCGGGUGACAUGUACUCGCGUCAGACAACAGGCUCAGGAGCUCCUGGUUCAAGUGGUAGCUCAACUAAGACACCCGAUUAUGCUGGUUACACCGGCUACAGCAAUUACGCAGAUACAUCAUAUCCACAGCGUUCUUAUCAAGGUGGAGAAAGCAGCCAAGGUGGGUAUGCUGCCAGCGCACCUAAACCGGGUCCACAAGGCUUUGAUCUCAAAGAGUGGCCCGCCUCAUGACCGUUUUAAUUUCAACACAAAAUUCCCGUCUUCACGGACGUAACAAGCGCCUAAGGCUUAAUUGCCUUGCUCUCGUGGGUUGUCCAUUUACUUUUCAACUCUCGGACCUGAUUCUACCGGCCGGCUACUACUCAUCACUCUACGCUAUCCCAGCAAUGAUCAACGUCUCGCUCAAUAAUUACACACUUUUUAAGUAACAUCACUAUACUGUCACUAUUGUUUUUUUUUGCAUCACGACCCAACAAUGAUAACACGCAGUACAAUCAGUUUUAUCAUUAAUCAUGACUUACAGUGUUUUUUAACAUUUUUUUUUUAUCUUCGCUAAUUUACACAAGUAUACAAACUAUAAACACAAUAUACGUAUUUACAUACACAUACAAAGUGCUCGCGUGAGACUCAAUUCUAACUAUAAUCCAGUCCUUUAUCCUAGCAAGCUUUUACCUUGAUUACUAUUACGUAACAUAAUUGUUAAAAAAAAUAAUAAUAAUAAAUAACUAAAACAAGA